AGCCUCACCAGCAGAGAAAUCAGGAAAUUGGGCCCCGGCUCUGUCUGGGAGAUACCCUUGAACGUAGUGCUUGGCUCUGUGUAGGAAAGAGACUUUCCAGGAGUUCAGGAAUCCGAGCCCAGGCUCAGCUGGGAGCUUCCCCUGCCAUCGCUGCCCCCGACCCCACAUGGCUGAGGUGGCAGCAGGAGAGGACAGGCAGUCCCUGAUGCGCUGACAGUUGGCCAUGCCUGGGAAGCACUGGCCCCCCGGGACGCAGUGUGUCACCAAGCAUGACCACAACAAGCCCAAGCCCCGGGAGCUGGCCUUCCGCAAGGGAGACAUGGUCACCAUCAUCGAGGCUGUGGAGAGCCAGUCCCUUCCUUCCAGAGGGAUCCCCCCUUCCUUGCCUUGCUCUGAGACCCUCUCGUCCCCAGGGCAAAGGCUGGUACCGCGCCAGGCACAACGAGACGGGGCAGGAGGGGCUGCUGGCAGCCAGUGCUCUGCGGGAGCGUGGGGCCAUCCGCGCCGACCCCAAACUCAGCUUGAUGCCCUGGUUCCACGGGAAGAUCUCAGGGACAGAGGCAGUGCAGGAGCUGCAGCCCCCUGAGGACGGGCUGUUCCUGGUGCGUGAGUCUGUGCGGCACCCCGGUGAUUAUGUGCUGUGCGUGAGCUUUGGCAAGGAGGUGAUCCACUACCGUGUGGUGCACGAGGACAACACGCUCAGCAUCGACAGCCAGCAGUACUUCUCCAACCUCAUUGACAUGAUUGAGCAUUACAUGAAGGAGCAGGGAGCUAUCUGCACCAAGCUGGUGAAGCCCAAGCCAAAAUCUGGGAUGAAGUCAGCUGAGGAGGAGUUGGCCAAAGCUGGCUGGUUGCUGAACCUGAAGCACCUCACACUGGGAGACCGCAUUGGGCAAGGCGAGUUCGGAGAUGUCCUACAGGGCGAGUAUAUGGGGCAGAGGGUGGCUGUGAAGAACAUCAAGUGCGAUGUGACUGCCCAGGCCUUCCUUGCUGAAACAGCUGCCAUGACGAAGGUCCGACACAAAAACCUUGUGUGUUUGCUGGGAGUGAUCCUGCACAAUGGCCUCUACAUUGUCAUGGAGUUCAUGAGCAAGGGCAACCUGGUGAACUUCCUGCGCACGCGGGGCCGGGCGCUCGUCCCAACCCAGCAGCUCCUCCUGUUCGCCCUGGAUGUGGCUCAGGGCAUGGACUACCUUGAGUCCAAGAAAUUGGUGCACCGGGACCUGGCUGCCCGCAACAUCCUCAUCUCCGAGGAGAACGUGGCCAAAGUGAGCGACUUUGGCUUGGCCCGGGUCAACCCCAAGGGUGCAGAUGCCACAUUGCUCCCUGUGAAGUGGACGGCACCAGAGGCCCUGAAACACAAUAAAUUCUCCUCCAAGUCGGAUGUGUGGAGCUACGGGAUCCUCCUGUGGGAAACCUUUUCCUUUGGACGGGCACCCUACCCCAAGCUGGCCCUGAAGGAGGUGACGGAGCUGCUGGAGCAGGGCUACCGCAUGGACCCCCCCGAGGGCUGCCCACCCACCAUCUAUGCCCUGAUGAAGAGCUGCUGGGAGUUGGAGCCAGGCAAGCGCCCGUCCUUCAAGAAACUCACGGAGAAGCUGCAGAAGGAGCUGAAGCACCUGAGGGACAUUUAACCCCCAUUCUGCUACCAGGACCCAGGACCUGAAGCCCCUAGACUGUCCAGGGUUGGGAGUGGCAGGGCAAUAGGGGCCAGGAACAGGAUGGCCUGUGGUGCUGCUCUCUCCCUGUAGAGGUGGGGCAGCAGCCUCCCUCCAUCCCAGCAUGGUCCUUCCACCCACCACACAGCCCAGAGAAGGCUGCCAUGGGAUUGAUUUCCCCUGACUCACCAGAGUAGGAAGCACAGACCCCAAGGGAGCCAUGCCCACACCCUGUGCUCAGCCCCAGGAGCGGAUGCUACAUGUGGGGUCCCUUCAAGCUGCAACUCCCAGUGAUGGGAGACAGGACUGGACAUCUCCACUCACUGGAAGAUGAGACCUCACCCUGAUUCAGCCCUGCUCCAGUGCCCAGCCCCACAUGGGGAUGCUGGCACAGCCAGCUAAACCACAUGGAUUUGAGCUUUUUUGAUUAAACCAAAGAAAUUAGUUUAACAGCA